AAUUGACCUUGACACGUCUGCUGCGAUCACGGAAUUCGAAAAGAGGAUAACCAAUCAUAAGAAUCUGAGGGCAUGAUCUUUUCUGUUAGCGAGACAUGGCGGCUAAUGGCAAAGACCAUCCCUUUGAAAUUGUUUCCAAAGUUUGGCCCAUCAAAACUGCAAAAUGUGAAAACAGAAAGGUGGAAGUUUUUAAUCGAGCAGAUCCAGAGCAACUGAAGGAAAUAUUUUUGAAAUAUGCCAGUGUUGUGGAGGAUGGAGAACAUUAUAUGACCUAUAGAGAUCUUAUUCAGAAGUACUUAAACUUUCUGGGCGAGAAUUGCGAUGAGUUCACCCUCAAAUUAUUUGCUUCCAGCGUAGACACUUCUAGAGAUGGGAAGAUUUCGUUUACAGAGUUCCAGGCUUUUGAGGCUGUUCUGUGCCUGCCUGAUGCCAUGUAUGCUCUGGCCUUCCAGGUGUUUGACAGAAAUGGAAAUGGGUAUCUUUCCUGCGAUGAAUUUGAAGAUAUCAUAAAACACACAACACUGAACAGGGAAAUACCAUUUAACUUCAGUAGCGAGUUUAUAAAACUUCACUUUGGGAAAGACAAGCAAAGAAAAAUUACAUAUCCAGAGUUUACACAGUUAAUUCAUGAUUUUCAUGAGGAACACGCUUUACAAGCUUUUCGGAGGCGAGAUAAAGGAGACACAGGCUACAUCAAUGCUAAGGACUUUGAGGAAAUCAUGUGCAAAUUAAAAAGUUACCUCUUGACCCCAUUUGUCAAAGAAAACCUGGUCACAGUGGCAAUGGGAGGGGGGCACAGACAGAUCAGUUACUCCUACUUUACUGCUUUCGUGUCCUUAUUGAACAACCUAGAGCUGGUCCAGAAGGUUUACCUGGCCUGUACACGACGUGACAAAACUAUGGAGGUUACCAAAGAGGAGAUGUUGUACCAAGCCCAAGAAUUUGCUCAAAUUACGCCGCUCGAGAUUGACAUCUUGUUCCAGCUGGUCGGACUGAAGCAUCAGACGGGGAGGGUAACUUUUGAAGACAUCACAGACUUGUCCCCAGCAGAAGGAAGGGAGACACCAUAUUCUAUUCAAAUGAGGAUAGCACAGGAGAAGUUAGCGUUAGAACAAGGAACAGAGAGGACCAUUUUUCUGGAAGUCCUAGAGAGUGUCUACAGAUUUACCCUGGGUUCUAUCGCUGGAGCUACCGGAGCGACAGCAGUGUACCCAAUAGAUCUGGUGAAGACUAGGAUGCAGAACCAGAGAACAGGUCCGAUGGUAGGGGAGUUAAUGUACAAAAACAGCUGGGAUUGCUUCAAAAAGGUGAUCCGUCACGAGGGAGUGCUGGGGUUAUACCGAGGUCUGGGACCCCAGCUCGUAGGGGUGUGUCCAGAGAAGGCCAUCAAACUUACGAUGAAUGACUUGAUGAGAGAUAAGCUGACACGUAAAGAUGGUUCUAUUCCUCUUUGGGCAGAAAUGAUUGCAGGAGGCACAGCUGGAGCCUCUCAAGUCAUGUUUACCAAUCCUCUGGAAAUCGUCAAGAUUCGGCUACAGGUGGCAGGAGAGGUUCAUGGGAAGGCCAAAGUCAGCGCAUUUACCGUCAUCAAGGAGCUAGGCUUCAUGGGAUUGUACAAGGGAUCCAGGGCCUGUUUCUUGAGAGACAUACCUUUUUCAGCCAUUUAUUUCCCAGCUUAUGCAAACACGAAGAAAGCAUUGGCUGAUGAGAAUGGCUACAAUUCCUGGGGAACACUGCUUCUGUCUGCCACAAUAGCAGGUAUGCCUGCUGCUGCUAUCCCUACACCAGCGGAUGUAAUCAAAACCAGAUUGCAGGUGCAGGCUAGAACGGGGCAGACAGCGUAUAAUGGAGUCAUAGACUGUAUACGCAAAAUCUACAAAGAGGAGGGAGGCUGGGCCUUCUGGAAGGGGACACCAGCCCGUGUGUUUAGAUCCUCCCCCCAGUUUGGUGUGACACUGCUGACCUAUGAAGUUCUCCAGAGAUUGUUCUAUGUGGACUUUGGUGGAAGACGUCCCGAGGGAUCGGAGCCUCAGGCCACUCAGCUGGAGAAGCAGCUCUCGCGUAACCCGGAUCACAUCGGUGGCUACAGGCUGGCUCUGGCCACAUUUAAUGGAAUGGAAUCCAAGUUUGGACUGUGUCUACCCAAAUUCAAAAGCUCAAUACAAACAUGAUCCGAAGGAUAUUAGGUUGUUUUUUCACAAAGAAUUAGUUAUUUUAUUUUAAAAUUAGGAUAGGUGUUGAACCAUUCCUUACAUCCCUGUGUGUUAUCUACAGAUAGACAGACGUGUCUAUUGUGUGUUAUCUACAGAUAGACAAACUUGUCUACUGUUUUUAUAUUGUUGCUAUUUAUAGAUUUGUUGACUAUGUUAUUGAAAUGUUGAAUGAGGUAAAUGGGUGAAAAUUGAAAUAAGAAGGUAAUGAUUAUAUUUCCAGUUGGUUUCUUUUCUAGAUUUGACUGCAAAAUUGUGAUUUUAUGGACCUUAUAGACAUAAGAAAAUUUAUUUUUGUGACAGUCCAAAACUGAUGAUAUAAAAUUAUAUUUUGCCAGUAUGUGUACAUUUAGUUAACCAGUAGCUCAAAUUGAAAAGCUUACCCACAAUUGAAAUGUAUAUUGUUAUCUUGGUUUUUAUUUCCAUGUAAUGGGAUGUGUCAAAGGAAUGCAUCAGUCCUUUUUGAAUGUAAGGUCUCGACUUUGAUUUAAAUGCCCACUUCUUUGGAUGUUGCCAAGAUUUUUAUUUGGCAUACAAAAUUCAAAGUACCCCAAAAUGUAUUAUAGUACAUGUAGAUGCUGUAAUUUAUUUUCUGCUAAAGUGCUAUUAUAGAAUCAGUAUUGCUAAAGGUUUACCAUAGCUUGCAUUUUUUGAGUUAUUGUAUGAUAGAUGGAAUAUAUGAUUUGAAGUAAAUGAGACACUACAUUUUAUUAUGCUUAAAGCAGAGAGGGGAGGGGGGUUAUAGUAAGUAUACUAGGUAUUUUUUUCUCUGUAAAGUGAAAAGUAUGAAUGGUGAUGAGCCAUCUCCCUCAAGUUAACAGUAUGGUACAGUCUAGUGCAUCUAUUUGCAUGCACAAUGUACAUAUACAAAAACAUCUUACUAGAUAAAAUGGAGAUUUGCAAAAACAGUGAAUAAACUUUAUUAUUUAAUUGAAAUAAAGUCGUAGAUUUGAGCUGGAAAAACUCUGAGCUGCAUCUGAAGCAAAAAGUAAAUUUCCCAUUACAUGUAUGUUCCAAGUUUAAAGAUUUACUUAAGAACUGGGUAUUGACUUUAAACUAUCAUCAUUAUAUGUAGUCAAUUAAAUGUUUCAAUACAGAAGCAUAAAUCUCUUGAGGGUAAGUGGUGUUUAUGGAAUUUAUUUUAUUUUAAACAAUAUGCAUUUUCAAUAGUAUUUUCAUGAUAUUUUUGGAGGGCCUUAAAUAUUCUGUGUGUUUGGGUAUUUGUUUGAUUUUAUGAACACUCAAGUUAAUUGCAUAAAAAACGAGUCAAAAUCAUUGAAGGUUUUAAACAAAAAUGUUAACAUAUUGUAAAAGUGCCAUUAAUAGCACUACCAAGUUAUUUUCCAGAUAUUUGUGUGACAAACUGGACUCAGAUAAAAGGUAUGGCGUGAAAAGAAACGGUUUUGCUUUGUUUUUAGAUAUAUCUUGUAUCUUGAAUAUAUAUGUACUGAUUUUCUAAGAAACCUUAUUAGUACCCUAAUUUGUUCACGUGGAAAAUCAGAAAAGAUAGAAGUCUUUGAUAAAGAAUGACAAAAUUAAAAUAUCCUCUCUUGAUCUUGAAAAAUUUUAUUUAAAAUAAGAUUUCUUGUAGAAAUGAAUGUAAUUAUUUUUUGAUUUUGAACAACUUGGUCCUGAUAAAGGGGCUAGAGCUUCUUGUCAGGUCGAGUUUUAGUAGAGAAUAAAACAGGAAAUUUUCUUUACCCAUAGCUCGUAUCGGGCAUCAUUUCACAUUGUUAUUUGCUAGUCGUAUACUUCCUGACAUCAGCAAGAUGUAGAGAAGAUUAUUUUAAAUAUGAAAUAUCUGGUACCUUUGGGUAUGUAGUUUGGUAUAUUUAACAGUUCAUGUGAAUGAACAUUGAAAAAAAAAAUGAAUUGUGAAAUGUACUUUUUUUUCUAUUCACAAAGUUGAAAUGAAAUGAACUAAAGACAUGCAUAAUUCAAAUUCAUUUUCUGAAACUUCCAAUCAGAAUGAUAUUCUUUUAUUAGUUUUUGUUAGUUUCAUAUACAUAUAAUAAAUAGUCAGAUUUUGAGUAAACUGACUUACAUAAAGUCUCCACAAAUCUAGUUUUCUUUAUUAACUUUCACUUGAGUAUUAAAGCAAUCAGUAUACGGUAAAACUUGGUUAUAACGAAGUCGUAGGGACCUGUGAAAUUACUUCGCUAUAUCCGUAAUUUGUUAUAUCCCUAUAAGGAAUUCGUUAAAUUUUUAUAGCUAGGGAUCCUAGAUACCUUUGCUAUGUCCGUGAAUUUGAAAUAUCCGUGUUCGUACUAAACGAGUUUUACUGUAUAUCACAAGCUUGAUUCUGCACCAACUUUUGAAGUAAUUUGCCAUAAUGUGAACUGCUUUAUACUAGGCAACUAUCAGUUUUUCCAAUUAUUUAUUUUUAUACGUAGUCAUAAAAUAGUUUUAAAUUUGAUCUUGCUCCCAAACACUCCAAGAGUUGAAGAAUGUAAAUUCCAUGAAUGGUUUUGAUACUCAAUGCUUAUUGUACAUCAUUGCCAUGUUUUAUUGUUUGCUGUCUAGAGUAAAUAUGGUACUGAAGUGAUAUAUAAAUACAAAAAGGACAGAAAUAUGAAAGAAUAAUAAAUAAUUUUAUAUGUUUUCAUGA